AUGGGUCAGACUGUCGCAGGCGAAAAGAGCCAAACUGUUGAGUCUCAGACAGAUGUGCUCAUCAUCGGCGCGGGGCCCGCGGGUCUAAUGGCGGCAUACUGGAUGGCGGUUUGUGGCGUAAAGGCUCGAAUCAUCGACAAGAGAGGCAUGAAGGUCUUCACUGGUCAGGCCGAUGGUUUGCGUCCUAGGACCCUGGAGCUAUUCGAUAGCAUGGGUUUCCAACAUCGUGUUAUCCACGAAGGCCAUGUGGCUGUCGAGGCUAAUUUCUGGGUCCCGGAUGAAAACGGUAAACUGACCAGACAGGGACCUCAUUGCAGUCCCAAGAUAAACGAGUCGAAUCAUCACAACAUGCUACUAAACCAAGGGCGCAUUGAGAGGUUCCUUCUUGAUACAAUUCGCAAACACUCCGAUCUCGAAGUGGAGCGGGGGAUCAUCGCCGAGUCAUUUGAAUAUGACGAGAAACUUGGAAACGACCUCGAUACUUACCCGAUCACUGUGAAGCUUCGCACUUUGAGUGAUGAAGAGGCGAAUCCGAGCCAUCUCUCUACAGAGGGAUCUGGAUUACAACCUGUCAAUGGACAAGGCGGCGUCCUACCUGAUGACUGGGAAGAACUGAUACAGAAAAGUCGAUUUCGCCAGACCAAUACAGAGAUCGUGAAAGCAAAAUUCAUUAUCGGCUGCGAUGGCGCUCAUAGUUGGACCAGGAAGCAGGUGAAUAUCCCGCUGGAGGGAUCAAGCACAGAGAACAUAUGGGGAGUCAUCGAUAUAGUACCUCUCUCCAACUUCCCGGACAUGCGUCGCCUGGGAACAAUAACCCACUCCUCUGGAACAAUCCUAGUUAUUCCCCGCGAAAGAAAACUAGUCAGACUCUACGUCCCGGUCCAAACAGUCGACGGCAACUCAUCAACCCGCUUCGACCGCUCAAGCAUAACCCUCGCAAAGAUCAAAUCGCGCGUGCAAGCAAUAAUGAGCCCCUACACAUUCGACUUCCAGAUCUGCGACUGGUGGACCGCAUACCAAGUAGGUCAACGCGUCGCCCCAGCAUUCAACAAGGGAAACCGCAUUUUCCUUGCUGGCGACGCAGUGCACACUCAUUCGCCAAAGGUUGGACUGGGCAUGAAUAUGAGUAUGCAGGACGGAUUUAAUAUCGGGUGGAAGUUAGCCAUGGUUGCCGUCGGUGCCGCGAAUCCUGAUAUUCUGGGCACGUAUAAUGCUGAGCGCCACCCGCUGGCGGAAAUGUUGCUUGAAUUCGACAGGCUUUGGUCGGGUGAGUUUAUGGAGACGACGGAUGCGGAUGGGCCUGCCGCGCUUGACAAGGCGGAUCGAAUGGUUCAUGUUGUAGAGAAAUAUAUGGAUUUUGCGGAUGGUUUGAGGACUUAUUACCCUGCUAGUUCGCUUGUUUGGAAAGUCUCGGAGGAGGAGGGUCCCGAGGCUGCGCGGAAUUUGGUUCCUGGUGAACGGAUUUCGCCGAUCAAGUUGCGCAAUCAGGCGGAGGGUAACUCGAAGUGGACGACAAGAUUGCUUGAAAGUGAUGGUUUGUUCAGAAUUAUUGUUUUGGCCGGUGAUGUGCGGGUUGAGGAGCAGAAGAAGCGGGUUGAGGCUCUUGGUAGGUUUUUGUCGGGAGAGGAUAAGACGAAGGUUUCUCCUUUGCAUCGAUAUGUCCCUAUUCCGGGGAAGAAGGAUCAAAUUGGGGUCGUCACUAUCCAUAGUGCCCCGUGGAAGGAGGUGGAGUUCUUUGAUUUCCCGGAUAUUUUGCGUCCAUUUGAUCCUGUCAUGGGUUGGGGAUAUGAUGAUAUUUGGUGUGAUAAUUCUUGUACAUGGGACCCGCACUGUGGGGGUCAGGGGUAUGAAAAAUGGGGAGUCGAUAGGACACGAGGUGCAAUGCUUGUUCUUCGGCCGGAUCAGUAUAUCGGUUGGGUGGGAGAGUUGGAGGAGGUGGAGGAUAUGACUGACUACUUGGAUGGUGUGCUUGUGAAGAUGCCAACACCUGAAAUCUAG